UGUGUGUGUCUCUCUCUCUCUCUCUCUCUCUGAGGGAGAGCUAGCGAGCGGUUUCGCCUGUGAAGAAGCUGCAGGAGACUCGGAGUCGGACGCGGGCCUACCAUGGCGGACGGCGACGCGGAGCGGGCCGAUGGCCGCAUUGUGAAAAUGGAGGUGGACUACAGCGCCACCGUAGACCAGCGCUUGCCCGAGUGCGAGCAGAUGGCCCGGGAUGGAAGGCUUCAAGAAGCAAUUGAAACAUUGCUUUCCUUGGAAAAACAGACUCGAACUGCUUCUGAUAUGAUAUCCACAUCUCGUAUUCUGGUUGCUGUAGUGAAAAUGUGUUAUGACGCUAAAGACUGGGAUGCUCUUAAUGAAAAUAUUAUUAUUCUGUCAAAGAGGAGAAGUCAGUUAAAGCAGGCUGUUGCUAAAAUGGUCCAGCAGUGCUGUACUUACGUUGAAGAGAUCACAGAUCUACCAAUCAAACUGCGUUUAAUUGAUACACUGCGUAUGGUUACAGAAGGAAAGAUCUAUGUUGAAAUUGAAAGGGCACGGCUGACCAAUACUCUUGCAACAAUAAAAGAGCAGAGUGGUGAUGUAAAAGAAGCUGCUUCAAUUCUGCAAGAACUUCAGGUGGAAACCUAUGGAUCAAUGGAGAAGAAGGAACGUGUAGAGUUCAUCUUGGAGCAGAUGAGGCUUUGUCUGGCUGUGAAAGACUAUAUCCGAACUCAGAUUAUUAGCAAAAAAAUUAACACCAAAUUUUUCCAGGAAGAAAACACAGAAAAAUUAAAACUGAAAUACUACAAUUUAAUGAUUCAGCUGGAUCAGCAUGAAGGUUCCUACCUUUCCAUUUGUAAGCAUUACAGAGCCAUUUACGAUACUCCUUGCAUCCAGGCUGAAGGUGAAAAGUGGCAGCAGGCACUGAAGAGUGUUGUUCUCUAUGUUAUCCUAUCACCUUAUGACAAUGAACAGUCUGACCUGGUACACAGAAUAAGCACUGAUAAAAAACUAGAAGACAUUCCUAAGUACAAAGAUCUUUUAAAAUUAUUUACCACUAUGGAAUUGAUGCGUUGGACUUCCCUGGUUGAGGAAUAUGGAAAAGAAUUAAGGGAAGGUUCUCUAGAAAGUCCUGCAACAGAUGUGUUUGGUUACACGGAGGAAGGUGAAAAGCGAUGGAAAGAUUUAAAAAACAGAGUCGUGGAGCAUAAUAUUAGAAUAAUGGCAAAAUAUUACACCAGAAUUACCAUGAAGAGAAUGGCACAACUUCUGGAUUUAUCAAUUGAUGAAUCUGAAGAAUUUUUGUCCAACUUAGUGGUGAAUAAGACCAUCUUUGCAAAAGUAGAUAGGCUGGCAGGAAUUAUCAACUUUCAGAGACCCAAGGACCCAAAUAACUUGCUCAAUGACUGGUCUCACAAGCUCAAUUCAUUGAUGGCUCUAGUUAAUAAAACUACACAUCUCAUUGCCAAAGAGGAGAUGAUACAUAACUUGCAGUAAGGUCCCUCAGUGACCUUAAUGCUUUAGAGAGGCAUUGAAUUGGUUAUAGAAAAAGACUUUAUCCCACUGUAUAUUUGGUUUUUUCAUCUCUUCCUUCCAGGUGAAAUUUAGAACAUAAUCUCUCUUGAAGAAUUGUUGAGAAUUAAGUUCCUUUGAUUAUUCAUUUGGUUUAUAACACUUUUUUUGCUGCAAUUGAUGGAAAAACACAAUAAACUCGUAUUGCCUGUGUAAUGGAAAUAGCCUUUGAUUUA